GUCAUAUUUCCUCGCCUGUGUUCAACUCUUUCUCUCGUCGCUCAUCGAUUAUUGUGCUUUAAUUUAGCGGCUUUGUGCUUCAGUGGCGGCAGUUUGAGAGGAGCAGCGGCAGGAUGGGUCCCGUAGAGCUCCUCCACAUGUCGGUUUUCUCUCAGAGUUUUUCUCCCUGCGGUCGAUUUCUGGCAGCAGGAAACAACUACGGAGAGAUCGCCCUGUUCAGCCUGUCUGCAGCUCUGAGUCCAGACGCCACUGCACAGAGUCAGAAACCUGUUCUCACAUUCACAGCUCACGAGGGUCCCGUCUUCUCGCUCCUGUCCACCGACUGUCACCUCCUGAGUGCCGGAAACGGAGAGAUCAGCGCCUGGAGCUGGACCGAGCUCAUCAAGAAGAAUGUCAAACCCCUGUGGACAAAAAGACCCAACUACAAAUCCAGUCUGGAGAUCCCGGAGAUCAACUCAAUGGUCAUGAACCCCAGAGAUAACAGUCUUAUAGUCGGUGGGGGAGACAACAACGUCCACGUCCUGGACCUGGAGCGCGGAGUCUUCAAGUUGGUCCUUCAGGGUCACUCCGACUACGUCCACUGUGUGAGUGUGAGAGAGAGGGAGGCUGAGAUCCUGUCCGGGGGGGAGGACGGAGCGGUGAGGAUCUGGGACAGCCGGACGGGUCAGUCUGUCCACUGCAUCGAGGUCUACAAGUACGAGAGCUGUGCCCGACCGCAGUACGGGAAAUGGAUCAGCUGUCUGACCACCGACUCCGACUGGAUGCUGUGCGGCGGCGGUCCGUCUAUGUCUCUGUGGCACCUUCGCUCUCUGUCUCCGACCUCCGUCUUCCCUCUGACGGGCUGCCAGAGACAAGCUGCCUUCCACCAGGACAUGAUCCUGGCUGUAGGUGAAGGUCCGUUCUUGUCUCACUGUCUGCUGGGUGGAGAAGUUAAAGCUCAGAUCCCCUGUACACCGCAGAGCCUCAACACACUGCAGCUCAACACCAACAGCACCGAGCACAGGGUGCUGACAGCAGGGGGCAGCAGCGAUCACAUCGAUGUGUUCACCAACCUGUCGUACAGAGCGUUUUCACUCCGCUUCUGACAGUCUUCAGUCGUUUAUCUGUAUUUCUACUGUUGGUAGCAUCAAUUAGUUUGAACGUAAUAAAGUAUUUUUGUCUCA